UUUAUAAUUUACACAAAAUUUACCCUCCAAAUUCUAUGUGGCCAAAAACCCUCUCUCUUCUCUCUCAUAGGCGCACGGUUACUUCCAGGCUCCAGAGUCCAGACUGCUCUCUCUCUCUCUCUCUCUCUCUCUCAAUCACAGAGAUAGUGCUGUGUAUUAAUGUGCAAGUGAAUUGCUUUGUUAGUGGAGGGAGACGUGAAGACGGAAGAUAUGCAGAAAGAUAGUAAUCCUGGCUCCCAAGGAGGGCCUGGUGGACGGUUACGUCGCCGCAGAGGCUCGAAUGAGGUUCCUGCUGAGGUUGUUAAAGCAAAUGGUGAUAAUUUACUUGUCAAUGAUCGAAACAAGUACAAAUCGAUGUUGAUCCGGGGAUAUUCAUCGGUUUGGAUGAUUGGUGGUUUUGCGUUAAUAAUCUACAUGGGUCACCUUUAUAUAUGCGCCAUGAUUGUUGUUAUCCAAAUCUUCAUGGCAAAAGAGUUGUUCAAUCUACUUCGGAGAGCACAUGAAGACAGACAGCUCCCUGGAUUCAGGCUGUUGAAUUGGCACUUUUUCUUCACAGCAAUGCUUUUUGUUUAUGGCCGCAUCCUCAGCCAAAGGCUCGUCAAUACUGUUACUACAGACAAAUUCUUAUAUAAACUUGUUGGGAGAUUUAUCAAGUACCACAUGGUCACCUGUUAUUUCUUGUAUAUAGCAGGUUUCAUGUGGUUCAUUCUUACUUUGAAGAAGAAGAUGUACAAAUAUCAGUUUGGCCAGUAUGCAUGGACCCAUAUGAUUCUAAUUGUGGUGUUCACACAGUCCUCAUUCACAGUGGCCAACAUUUUCGAAGGAAUCUUCUGGUUCCUUCUGCCAGCUUCACUCAUUGUCAUCAAUGAUAUUGCUGCAUACUUAGUUGGCUUUUUCUUUGGAAGAACUCCUUUGAUCAAGUUGUCCCCAAAGAAAACAUGGGAAGGUUUCAUUGGAGCAUCUGUUUUGACUAUGUUCUCUGCAUUUUUGCUUGCAAAUUUUUUUGGUCAUUUUCAAUGGCUGACGUGCCCAAGGAAGGAUUUAUCAACUGGCUGGCUUCAGUGUGAUCCUGGUCCUUUGUUUAAACCAGAACAUUUCACUAUACCAGAGUGGAUUCCUCAAUGGUUUCCUAAGAGAGAGGUUGAAAUAUUGCCAGUACAGUGGCAUGCAUUAUGUCUUGGCCUAUUUGCAUCAAUCAUAGCUCCUUUUGGGGGCUUCUUUGCAAGUGGUUUUAAAAGGGCCUUCAAAGUCAAGGACUUUGGUGAUAGUAUUCCUGGGCACGGUGGCAUCACCGAUAGGAUGGAUUGCCAGAUGGUGAUGGCUGUUUUUGCAUACAUAUAUCAUCAGUCUUUCGUGGUGCCUCAGAACCUAUCAAUCGAGAUGAUCUUGGACCAGAUAUUAAUGAACCUUCCAUUCGAGGACCAACUAGCGCUGUUCACAAAGCUUGGGCAGAUCAUCCAGGAGAGGCGGUUUGCAGAAUCUUGAGUAUGCUAACGGAACGCACUUGUAUUAAUGAUUUGACGUAGUUUAUUUACACACAGUGAUUGUAUAUCUUAGUAUUGGUUUGCAAGGGCUGUUUCUAAACCUUAAUAGUUAGUGCUUUUUUUAGCUGCCUAAAUCCUUAUCGUGCAGAUUGUAUAGUGCUUGAUAAUGAUAUCCCCAUUGACUUUUUUGUUAGGUUGCUUUGACAGGACAGUAAAAACCCUUCAACUGUCAUCACAUUGCUCCAAAUAAGCUUAAUGAAUCCAACUCUUCUCUA